GGGUAAAGCACAUUGUGCUGUCCGCCAUUUCGUUGCUGAUUUUGGAUCAGUGAAGACGAGUGAGUAAGAAGGAGAGAGAGAGAGAGAGAGAGAGAGAGAGAGAGAGAGAAAAAAAACAAAACAAAACAAACAAAAAAAAAAAAAAACACUACCGAGACAAAAAUGCUUUCCGCCGCCCAGUUACUCGACGAGUUAAUGGGCCGGGAUAGGAAUCUGGCACCGGAUGAAAAACGGAGUAACGUGCGUUGGGACCAUGAGACUGUAUGUAAAUAUUACCUCUGUGGAUUUUGUCCAGCAGAAUUAUUCACAAACACACGAUCUGAUUUGGGUCCAUGUGAAAAAAUCCACGAUGAAAAUCUACGGAAACUAUAUGAAAAGAGCUCGCGCUUCAUGAAAGAGGGCUAUGAAAGAGACUUUCUUCGGUAUUUACAAAGCUUGUUAGCAGAGGUUGAGCGCAGAAUUCGCAGGGGUCAUGCAAGACUGGCACUUUCUCAGGCCCAACAAAAUUCUGGGCAAGCUCCAGGGCCUUCAGGCAAAAAUGAGGAAAAAAUACAAGUUUUAACUGAGAAAAUUGAAGAUCUUCUGCUACAGAUUGAAGAGCUGGGUUCAGAGGGAAGAGUGGAGGAGGCUCAGGGAAUGAUGAAACUUGUUGAACAGUUAAAAGAUGAGAGGGAACUGCUUAGGUCAUCAACUUCUACAAUUGAAAACUUUGCAGCUCAGGAAAAGCAAAUGGAAGUCUGUGAAGUUUGUGGCGCUUUUUUAAUUGUAGGGGAUGCGCAGUCCAGAGUAGAUGAUCACUUGAUGGGAAAGCAACAUAUGGGCUAUGCCAAAAUCAAGUCUACUGUAGAAGAGUUAAAGGACAAACUACGCAGGCGGUCAGAAGAGCCGGAACGUGAUGACAAAGGAAAAAAAGAAAAAGAAGACCGAGAACGUGAAAGAGAAGAGAGAGAGAAGAAACGGCGGGAGGAAGAGAAAGAGAGGGAGAAAGAGAAGGAAAGAGAAAAGGAGAAAGAGCGGGAAAAAGAAAGAGAAAAAGAAAAGGAGAGGGAAAAGGAAAGGGAGCGAGAUAGAGAUAGACGUCGGCGCAGUCAUUCACGCAGCAGACACUCCAGCAGAACAUCAGAGAGGAGGCGCAGCCGUUCAAGAGAGCGGAAGAGAUCCAGAAGCAAGGAACGGGAGAGGAAGCCUAGCAGGAGCAGAGAUAGAGACCGGCGCAGAAGCAGCCGGGACCGUUCAGAGAGGAAGCACAGAUCCCGCAGCAGAGACAGGAAGAGGUCGAAAAGCUCAGAGCGUAAAUCUCACAAACGCAGGAGCCGAAGCCGGGAGAAAGAUAGAGACAGGAAGUCAAAAGACAAAGAUCGAAGGGAUCCUGAUGAGAAGAAAAGCAACAGGAAAUUGAGUGGUGAUGAAAAGCAGAGUGAAGUUUCCAAGCCAGAGCUAAUGGAGGUUGAUGAUCCAAAGAGUGAGGUCAAUGGCACCAGUGAAAACAUACAAUCUGAAGGUGACACUCAGUCCAAUUAAAACUGAUCUGAUAUGACCUCAGAUCAGGCCGAGGUAAGUGCAUUCUUCUAACGUUGGCUAGGUUUUUUGUUCUUGUUUUGUUUAAUGGUGCAGCGUAAGUAUGCACGGAUGAAGAUGGAACUAGCCCGAUGAGAAGAAAUAGAAAAAAACAUACCCAGAAGGGAAGGACAGAGUAGUCCUGCCAAACAUGUGGAGGUACCUUAUUUUGUGUCGGCUAUUAUAUAACUAAAGGACAUCCCAAAACUUGUGCCUCUUACCUUUUUACUGUAGCGCAACUUUAAAAUGUUUCUUGUAAAAUGUUACCUUCACGCCCCCUCCAGUGUCUGUCUGGUUUUUUCUGUAGUCAAUUUAAAUACUAAACCUUUUUCUUUAUUCGUUUUAAUAUUCUGAUCAAAUUCCUAUUGAUUACCAUUAGAGGCACAUGUAUUAUAUAUAUAUAUACUCUUGCUACUUUUAUUUUUUUUAUAAAUGACAAGGAUGUUUGCAGUUUUUUGCUUUGCCUUGCAUUCUAAUGCAGUUUGUUCUGUAACUCGAGAGCCAGUAGCACUGGAUUGAUGGAAGUGUAGGGUUUAUGAAUUAUUGCAGCUGACUUCCAUACCUCACACAGCGUUGGUGUUGUGAGCGACCCAUGAAAAGCCAAAUUAAAAAACAAGGAUUCAGUCAAACUGUGCAGGUACUCAAGCCAGGUACUCCUUUCUCUACCCACAUCCAUGUUUGAAUGCUGUUGCCUGUAAACUUUAAGCUUGCUGUUGUGUAUUUUUGUUUUAAUAGCGUUGUUCAAAAGGUUUUUUCUUUCUUUGUGUACUACUUGUUCAUGCAUUAUCACCAUGAAAUUCUUUUUCAACUGUAU